CCCGCCGCUUCACGCCAUGGCAGCACAGACCAUGACCGAGGCACCGCCGGCCGCCAAGCCGCUGCGCGGCAAGAACGGCAAGCUGGCGUCGAGCUCGUCGGGCGCCACGCUCGUCGCCGUGUGCGCCGACGCGGCUGCCGCGCUGGUGGCGGCAUACGAGGCCGGGCAGCCGCUCAACGUCGACGCUGCCCGCAAGGCGGCCUGCCGCAAGCACCGCUUCGCCGGCACGCCGCGCCUCACGGAGCUGCUGGCGGCCAUGCCAGACUCGCACCGCGCCCGCCUGGCACCCUUGAUGCGCGCCAAGCCUGUGCGCAGCGCCAGCGGCAUCGCCGUCGUGGCGGUGAUGAGCAAGCCGCACCGCUGCCCGCACAUCAGCCUCACGGGCAACGUCUGCGUCUACUGCCCCGGCGGGCCCGACUCGGACUUUGAGUACUCGACGCAGAGCUACACGGGCUACGAGCCCACGUCGAUGCGUGCCAUUCGAGCCCGCUACGAUCCCUUCGAGCAGUCGCGCUCGCGCAUCACGCAGCUGCGCGAGCUCGGCCACUCGACGGACAAGGUCGAGUUCAUCAUCAUGGGCGGCACCUUCAUGUCCUUGCCGCAGGACUACCGCGACGAGUUCGUGGCACAGCUGCACAACUCGCUUAGUGGCUUCACGGGCAAGAACGUCGACGAGGCGGUACGCUUCUCGGAGCGGUCGAACACCAAGUGCAUCGGCAUCACGAUCGAGACGCGACCCGACUAUUGUCUGCGGCCACACAUCUCUCAGCUGCUGCGCUACGGCUGCACGCGCCUCGAGAUCGGCGUGCAGUCGGUGUACGAGGACGUAGCUCGCGAUACGAACCGCGGGCACACAGUGAAGGCGACUUGCGAGACAUUCCAUCUGGCAAAGGACGCCGGCUACAAGGUUGUGGCGCACAUGAUGCCGAAUCUGCCGAACGUGCCGGCCGAGCGCGACAUGGCUCAGUUCGUCGAGUACUUCGAGAAUCCCGCGUACCGCUCAGACGGCCUCAAGCUCUAUCCGACGCUCGUCAUCCGCGGCACGGGACUGUACGAGCUGUGGCGGACUGGACGAUAUAAGUCCUAUCCGGCAAGCUACCUGAUUGAGUUGUCCGCACGCAUCCUUGCUCUCGUGCCGCCAUGGACGCGCGUGUACCGCGUGCAGCGCGACAUCCCGAUGCCCAUCGUCUCUUCCGGCGUCGAGAAUGGCAAUCUGCACCAGCUGGCGGACGACCGCGUGCGCGACCUCGGCCUCGAGUGCCGCGACGUGCGGAGUCGCGAAGUGGGCAUCCACGAGAUCAAGGACAAGGUCCGGCCCACCGACAUCGAGCUGAUUCGGCGCGACUACGCGGCGAGCGGCGGCUGGGAGACAUUCCUGGCGUAUGAAGACCCGGAGAAGGACGUGCUGGUCGCUCUGCUGCGCCUGCGGAAGUGCUCUGCGGCGGGCACGUACCGGCCCGAGCUGCUCAGUGCUGGCCCCACAAGCAUCGUGCGCGAGCUGCACACGUACGGCAGCGCUGUACCCAUCCACAGCCGCGACCCGACGAAGUUCCAGCACCAAGGCUUCGGCACGCUGCUCAUGGAAGAGGCAGCUCGGAUAGCGCGCGACGAGCACGGCAGCGUCAAGCUGGCCGUCAUCAGCGGCGUUGGCACGCGAGACUACUACGCCCGCCUGGGCUACACGCUCGACGGGCCCUACAUGUCCAAGAUGCUCUGAUCGCCCAGCGUCGCCCUGCCCCCUCCACACUUGUACAACACUCCAUGCUCGCUGUCACCCGCAUUCAGACACGGUCUAGUACGGCAUUAAUUAGUGUCUCCCUCACCCUC